ACAUCUCACUUCUUUACUUCCGGUCAUGUGACCGGUGUCAACAAGGAAGUGCGCCGUGACUUUGAAUACAAGGCGCGAGCAGCUGCUGCAGCUUCACAAUUAAAAGGGAUGCCAGGUUCGGAGCCGGUCCGGCUGGGUCGGAAACGCGCCCUGCCCCCCUGUCCGAACCCGCUGUUCCUGAAGUGGCUCACCGAGCUCCGGGACGAGGCGAGAGAGAAGGGACUGAAGAUCCAGUACGUCUACCAGAAGGCCAUCAGCUCUCUGAAUAAAUAUCCACUCCCGCUACAAAACGCCAAAGAGGCGAAGAUCCUCCAAAACUUCGGAGACGGCAUCUGUAAAAUACUGGAUGAAAAACUCCAACGACACCUGAGGGAGAACGGUCCAGACGCUCCCAUUCAUUCCCUCAAUAAAGGAGCGCCCCCUCCUGGCAGACCAGACAACAACAGCCUGGCUCCCUCCAGAAAGAAGAAUGCUGCAGCAGAUCAAGGGACGGAUAAAGGAGGAGGAGGAGGAGGAGGAGGAGGAGGAGGGGAGAGGAGGAAGAAGAAGAGGGAGUAUGUUCCUCAGAAGAGGUCUGGAGGUUACGCUGUUCUGCUCACCCUUUACCGACAAUCACAGAUCCCAGGCAGCAAAGGUUAUAUGUUUAAGAUGGAACUACAAACUGAAGCCCAGCUUCUCAGUGAGAAAUCUUUUAGUGUGCCAGAUCUGGGCAGUAAAUACACGGCCUGGUCGUCAGUCAGCACUCUGAUCCAGAAGAACCUGGUGAUAAAGACCCACAAUCCUGCAAGGUAUUCUCUGACAGAGCAGGGUCUGGCUUUGGCUGAGCGGCUGGAGUCGGCAGAACAAGGGACUAAAGGCAACACCGAGGAGGGAGGAGUGGAGGUUAGGAGCGAAGGAGAGGAGGUGGAGGAGGAAGAGGAGGGCGGCCCCGGGGUCGUGGAUCUUACUGGUAGCGAUGAAGACGUAGAAGAAGAAGAGAAGCAGGAGGACAGAGCACAACGUACGAAGAGGCCGGGGAGUGAUGUGGACGGGACGGAGUCAGAUUCACAGACGACAAGCAGAAAGACGAACGGAGGAUGUCUCCUGCCUGGAACCUAUGAAAUUAUUCUCUGUGUGGACUUCAUUGAAACCACAGGCGGCAGCCAGCACCGCAAACAGGAGCUGGUCAAAGAGCUUCAGAGAAAUGGAGUCAACUUCGACGUCAGGAAACUAAACGUCGGAGACUUCCUGUGGGUGGCUCGGGAAAAGGUCGCACCUGUUCCAGGUCAGUUGCGAGCGCCCGUCGCCCGGGAGCUGGUCCUCGAUUACAUCAUCGAGAGGAAGAGGAUGGACGACCUGUGUGGGAGCAUCAUCGACGGACGCUUCAGGGAACAGAAGUUCCGACUGAAGAGGUGUGGUCUGCGUCGGCCCGUCUAUCUGGUGGAGGAGUGUGGGACGGCUGCAUCACACCUGAGUCUACCUGAGACUACACUGCAGCAGGCCAUAGUCAACACACAGGUGGUUGACGGCUUCUUUGUGAAGAGAGUCCAGGAUGUGAGGGAGUCUGCAGCGUACCUCACCGUCAUGACUCGAUACCUGACUAAACUCUACCAGAACCGUGCGCUGCUCUGUCGCUCCAGAGAGCUGGAGGGUGACGAAGGCAGCGGCGAGGAGGAGCGAGGGAAUCCUUCCUGCUCGCUCAUUUCUUUUGCAGAGUUCAACCACGGGGCGGUCAAAAACAAGUGUCAGACAGUGAGAGAAGUCUUCGCCAGGCAGUUGAUGCAGAUUAGUGGUUUGUCUGGAGACAAAGCAGCAGCCAUACUGGAGCAAUACAGCACUCCACACAGUCUCCUCAGCGCCUAUGAACAGUGUAGAAGUGAAGCAGAGAAAGAGAAGCUCCUCUCUUCCAUCCGAUACGGGAAACUCAAAAGAAACCUGGGUCCAGCUCUGAGCAGAACAGUUUACCAGCUGUACUGUACACCAGGAGCUCUGACAUGAAUUCACACAGUCACAGACGAACUCUUUGAUCCCCUCAUUCAGAUAUUUCCUCUCUCAAAGAUGGACGCCUCAUAAUGUGAUCACACUCAGUCAUUAACUUCCAGCUCCUCCUCCUUUGAGGACUGUUAUCUAUGUGUUUAUGUCAAAGUAAAGAUGCUGCUAUGUUUUAACUACUUUAAAAUAUUCCCACUGAAAACUUGUAUGAAGAGAUUUCAUCACUGUAGCCUGAUACUGUGUCAAUAAAGUUUAUUUUGAAUAAUA